GCGAAGAUGACUCGCUGCUAAGGUUGAACUGCCCUUUCUCGACGUCGACGUCUGCCGUACCAGUUCGCCCUUGCUCGAAAUGUCGUCUCUGCCGCCUGAGGAACAGCUUUGCGACGACUGCUUCAAGGGCGUGAAGCUCGAGGGAACGCCGAAAGGCAGCGAGAGCAAGAUCGGCCCGUUCAACACCUACGUCGCCAAGCCGGAGCAGAACAAGAACGAGAAGGCGGCCAUCGUUUACUUUUACGAUGCGUUCGGGUUGAGGCUGCAAAACAACAAGCUUAUCCCUGAUAUGAUCGCGGAGAAGACGGGCCUGACCGUCUACGUCCCGGAUCUGUUCAACGGUGGAGGAAUAGCACCUGAUGCUCUGAAAAUGCCGGAGACCGCGCAGGCGGCGAAAGCCCAGGGGACGCUCUCUAAGAUCGCAUCGACGGGGAAGUUGAUGAGCGCAUUCAUCCCAUUCGUGAUGAAGCACCGGCCGGCAGUGCAUUUCCCGGCGGCGGCUGAGUUCCUCAAGGUCCUGAAGAUCGAGAAAGGCCACGAAAAGCUCGGCGCGGUCGGAUACUGCUACGGCGGCAAAUUCUCCGUGCACUUCAACGGCACCGGCGACCUGACCGCUUCCGUCGCCUGCCACCCGUCGAUGCUCAACAUCGACGACAUCAAGGCGAUCCAGAAGCCGAUCUCCUUCGCCUGCGCCGAGUCGGACGCGCAGUUCGGCGACCAGCUCCGGACGGAGGCCGAGAAGACGCUCAAGGCGAAGAGCGGGCUCGAGGCCGAGUUUGUCCUGUACGCCAACACCGUGCACGGCUUCGCGGCGCGGCCCAACCUGGAGAUCGACGACGUCAGGAAAGGAUUCGAGGGCGCGCUCGCGCAGACGUGUAGGUUCUUGUCCAAGCAUCUCGUCUAAUCUUUCUCUUUUCCGACGUGCUUAGUGUUGUUUGUACUUAUACCCCGGGAGUCGCUCUGCGAACAUCCCGCGUAUUCUUGUCCACAACCAAAAGAGGAGCGAUCCUCUCAUAAUGAUGAUACAUACAUAUCACUCCUGGUAUUUACUCGCUCG